AUUUUUUGGUGAUUGAAAGAGUCGGGUUUUGAUUUUUUCCCUCCAGGAUUCUUCAUCAUUUUUAGUUGUGACUUGAGAGUCGUGGAGAUUAGGAGGAGAGGAGGAACUUAGGGGCUUUACAAUUUGUAAGUUUAUUUACCAUACUAGUAAAUUCAGUUCGGGUAAUGUUACAGAGAUGAUAGAAUUGGAUAUCUACAUUCUUCUCUUCAUCUCAGUAGAUUAUGUUUCUUAUUGAGACCCAUGCCAACCAAAAUUAGGUCCAGACAAAAUAAAGGACAGAAUAUAACAGCUCUCUCGUAAUAGUCCAUAAUUUCUAUAUUUGGUGUUUGAUGUUUAUCCUAAUUGGUUGUUCGAAAUUUAGGUAAUAUAACCAUGAUAUUACUCGAUAUUAUUUUUUUUGACUGCAGGAGUUGCUGUUAAAUUUAGAAGAAAAUUGGUCUUCUUGCCAACACAGAGAAAUAAUUACAGCCGUUUCAUGACCCCAAUUGUUUGACAUGUUAUCAGCUGUCAUCUCAUCCUCCUUCCUCUCAUCUUUCAAUACACCUUUGCUCUUCUCAAUAUCAAUAACUCUCUUCUCUGUUCUUCUCUAAAAAGAGAAUCUCUUAACUUGUUUUGUUUUGUUAUUUAUAGAAUACAGAGAGAUAGAUAUAGGCCAUAACCAGGGUGUCUCUUUUGCAUGCCAUGCAAACCUAAUUUUUGAUAAUUCCAAAUCCUCUCUUUACUCAGUCAUCCUCUUAUCUCUCUCUAUUUCCAACUAAUUUUUUCUGUCUCUAGAAAUCAUCUCCCCCUUUUCUUUUUCUUUCCUUUAUAUAAGACCAUGCACUUUUUCUCAUCGAUCUUAUUCAAGUCUAGAUCUCCACCCUCUUUUUCCUCUUCAACUACAAUGGAAACAGCUACAAAUUCCCAGGAAGAAGAAACAGGUCUUAAAUCAUUAACAUCUCCCUCAAAUCAUAAUCAUUCAUCUAUGAUCAACAGAUUCAAUAUCUCACCACAAUCGUCAUCAGCUUCAUCUUCUUGUACAUCUCCAUCUUCUCCUGUAUCUAUAUCUCCUUUUUGUUCUUCUUCUUCAUCAUCAUCUUCUUUUCAUAGCGUUGAUGAUGAUGUUACAGUUUCAACUGAUGAAACCCCUGUCACGAAUCAUCAUCACAAACAGGAAGAGGAAGAGAUUACAGAGAAACCCUUUUAUGAUCAUAGAAAGAAUGUGAUCAUUGUGAGAAAUCAAAGGUCCGGAAUAAGGAGGGAGUUUCCACCACCGAUACCAUUACUCGCAAGAACAGAGAAUUUACCAUGUCAUAUGCCAUGGGUACUGAAGAGAUCAUAUAAAGAUGGAAGAUUGGUUAUAAAAGAGGUUAAUGUGAAGCAUCAUGAGUAUUUUAGGGCUCAUAGAUCUAAUGGCCGUCUUACUCUUCAACUAAUGCAUAUGAAUCAUCUCACUAUUCAUCCUCCUCCCAAUGAUACGUCUUCUACUACCACAACUGAUGACAUUGAAGGAGAAGAAGAGGAGGAGGAAGAAGAACAGGAGGAAGAAGACAAUGUAGAUGUAAAUGAUUUAGUUGAUUUUGAUAAUGACGAUAGAGAUGAAAAAAAGAAUGAGGAUAAUAAGAAGGAUGAUGAUGAAAAUGAUGGGAUAUCAUCCGAACAAGAACAAGGAUCGGAUGAAGAGGAAGAAGCAGAGAAAGUGGAGAGGCCUUCGGCUGACCCACUCCAUCAUAUUCGACUGCGGUUUAGGCCAGUAUUAUCAUCAGAACAACCAUCAUCAUCAUUACCACAAUGUCAGAUUCAUGAGACGAGAGAAGGAAAACAAGACUUUGACGGUGAAAUCUUGAGAAACUGUUCACAACCACUGAUACUAGCUUCAUCGUUGCCAGAGGGGAGAGUACGUGGAAUGUGUCAACCCAAUGACUAUAGAAAAUCAAAUCUUUUUCGACUGCCAAUAGUUUCAGUUCGGCCGGUGCAUAGUUAAUCAAACUAGUCUAGCUAGGGUUAGAAAGGCUAAGCUCUGAAGAAUAACGAUGACAUUUUGAGAUGUUUUGUAGCAGUUAAUAAUAUGAUUAAAAUAUUUCACAUAAAUUUUUUAGUUUGUGUUUUUCUCAAA